AUGAAUGGUGGUAUAACACAAGAUUUAUCAAGUACAUUCCGUACACCAAAUAAUACAACAACAGCAACAAUUAUAACAAAUGCUGCCGCAACGGCAACAUUAAAUGGCAUAAAUAAUUCAAUAGUAACUUCAACAACAAAUUCACAAAAUAAUGCUACACCUAUAACAAUGACAGCUGAAGCAGCUGCACAACAAGCAAUUCUUAGUCAACAACAAAAUCAUAAUCAAAGGCCAAAAUCCCAAAUGAUUACAUUUACAUCUUCCACCUCAACAAACUGUGAUAUACCUCAUAGUUUUAGUCAUGAAAUUAUCCGUGUGAACAGUUUUCACACCGAUCAUCAUCAUCAUAUUAGUAAUAAUUAUAAAGGAGUUGGUGGUUCUAAUAGUAUUGUCAUUGGCGGAAGUGGUAGUGGAAGUGGUGGUAGCGGUGGUGGUGGUAGCAGUAGUGGUGGUGAAUUCGGUGAAAAUGAUGAAAAUCAUUUAAAUGACGAUGAUGAUGAUUGUGUACGUAACGGGGUCGUCGAUGAUGAUGAUGAUGAAGAUUAUGAGACAACAUCAAAUUUAGAAGUGAAUAAUGCAAAUGAUGAUAGUGGUGGAGGUAGCUAUGAAGAUUCAAAUCCAAUGCAAGGUGGUAGUACCGGUGGUAGUCAUCCCGGUAGUCAUCGUAAUAGUUUAGAAAAAGAUGAUGACGAUGAUGAAAUUGAUGUUAUUAGUACUGAUGUUAGUUGCUAUGAUCAAUUGUUAAUAAAUACACAUCGUAAUGGUGACACCACUGAAAAUGGUAUUACGAUUGUUGUGGCUGAUGACUUAAUAACAAAAUGUAAUAGCAAAAAAAAUGGUGGUGAAGGAAUUAUAUACACUAAUCCAUUUGUUGAUGAUGAAGGAAUCGCUGAAUCAGGAAUGUAAGAGAGCAACAAAAUAUACACAAAAAACACAAUUUUUAAAAAUAAUAUAAAACAAAUAAAUGUGAUAUAUUGAAGGAAAGUAAAUUAAAUAAAAGAAUUAAAAUUAAAAUAAAUAAAAAAUGUUCAGUAAAACAAAACUUCAGAUUAGACGAUUUCGAAUUUCAUCAAAUCACAUUCAGCAAUGCCUAAAAUUUAAAACAAAAACAAAAUAUACAAUUUAUAAAUUUAAAUUAAAAAAAGAAAAAAC